AUGUUAAUAGUGGUACCGAAAUCUCCAUUAAUCGAUGAUUUUCUUCUUGAUCCUUAUGAUUAUUAUGUUGAUGAUCCAAGAGAUGACAAAAUUGAUGAUGAAUCAUUUAUUGCGACAAUUGGUGCUAUAAUUAGUAUACGAAUCGGAUAUAUGGCAACGAAUUGGACUCCAAUCUUUUGGAAUAAAAACAAGGCUCUACCUAUUCUUCCUUUACCUAUAAUAGCUUAUGCCAUCUUAAUUGAUACAUUUAUGCAAAAUUUCAAUUCAGAUAUUUGUUAA